CGAAAAAUAGUUUCGACAGAUUUUCCUCCAAUCUCGAUGAAUCGAACCAUGGUUAAGCAGAAGAAUCAUUUUCCGAGCAGAAAGAUAUGCAAAUCGGCUGUUAUUUCGGGAAUAUUCCUCUACUUAAUUUACAUCUUCUUAUCCACUCAUCCCUGUUGCAAAUCCUCCGAGCGGUUAACUCCAUUAACAAUUCCUACAAAUAUAAGCCAUCUUUUCUUCGGGAUUUCUGGUGCAUCGGACGCAUGGAGCAGCAAAAGACACUACAUCCAAUCAUGGUGGAAACCUAACACAACCCGAGGAAUCAUCUUCUUCGACAAAUCCCCCGUCCAGCAUUUGCCAUGGCCUUCCAACUCACUGCCUCCGUUUCGCGUCUCGGAGGAUAACUCGCGAUACAGAGAGUACAACAAGCACAAGAUGCCGUUUGUGAUAAGAACCCUUCGCGUGAUCGAAGAGACAUUCAGAGUAGUACAGAACGACGAAGGCGAUGUGAGAUGGUACGUAAUGGCGGACCACGACACGGUUUUCAUGAUCAAUAAUCUUGUCGAGACUUUGUCGAAGUACGAUCACACAAAGUACUAUUACAUCGGGAUGAAUUCCGAGUGCAUCGUUUCGAAUAUCGUGUUCUCUUUCGAAAUGGCGUUUGGUGGAGCUGGUUAUGCUCUGAGUUACCCCCUCGCGAAAGCUCUGUCUUCGAAUAUGGAUCUCUGUAUCAAGAGGUAUCCGACUAUGUUUAGCAGUGAUCAAAUCUUACAGUCAUGUGUGCAUGAUUUGGGUGUCUCCCUUACUCAAGAAAAAGGGUUCCAUCAGAUUGAUUUUCACAGAGAUAUAUCAGGGUUUUUAUCAGCUCACCCUCACUCACCAUUGGUGUCCCUACACCACCUCGACGCUGUGGACCCCAUCUUUCCGUCCACGAACCGUGUCGAAUCGGUCAACCAUCUCAUGAAAGCAGCGGCAGUUGACCAGUCGAGAUUACUACAGCAAACCGUAUGCUAUUACAAGAAACACAACUGGACAUUCUCUGUUUCGUGGGGCUAUUCCGUUCAAAUAUACGAGGAAAUUUUGCCUCCGAGCUAUCUUCACAGACCGCUCGAGACUUUCAUUCCGUGGAAGAAGGGGGCAAACCCCCCUUACAUGUUCAACACUCGGGCAAUAUCGAAAGACCGGCCUUGCGAAUCUCCACAUUUCUUCUUCUUUGAUAGUGUGGAGGAAAAAUAUAGAGUGAUGGAUCAUAUUGUAACAAGCUAUGCUAGAAGAUCUCUUCCUGGUAAUUGCAACUCGACAGCUGGCGGCUCUCGUUCGGCUGAUUCCGUAUCGAAAAUUCGAGUGCUUUCGCCAUUGGGAAAACUUGGAUGGCAGGUACGUAAUUGAUUAAUCAUAAGUGCAUGCAUGCAUGCAUGGAUGUAUAGUUUUAUAUUAACGACUUAAUUAUAAUUAAUGUUUAUUUAUUUAUUUAAUUCUGUUAUUAAUGUGUUUUUAGGGUGGAGGCAGAAGAGAGUGCUGUGAUGUAGUGCAGAUGGUGGGAAUGGAUUCACUGGCUGUGAAAUUGAGGGACUGUAUGAAUGAUGAGAUGGUAUAGGUUUGUAUAUAUAUAU